AUGACGACAGAAUUGGUUGAUGCUAUUGAGGGUUUGAUAGAAGAUUAUCAGGAUUAUAAUAGUAGUUUUGUCAAAGUUUACAAUAAUUUUGAUAAUCUAGAUAAAUUAGUAAAGAACAAUAGACCAGCUAUUUUUAAAAGUGUAGCGAAUAAUUGGGAAGCAACAAAAUCAUGGAAUAAAGAAUAUUUAUCACAUAAAGUGACUUCAGAAAUUGAAAUUGCUGUUACACCAAAUGGUAAUGCAGAUGCCCUAGUUGAACAUCAUGGUGUGUUACAUUUCCUUGAACCAGAUACAAAGUCAAUGAGAAUGGAUAACUUUUUAAAUGAUAUUUCGGCAACUCCUAAUCGUGUUUUAUAUCUUCAAUCGCAAAAUGGUAACCUCUCAUAUCCUGAAUAUCAAGGAUUAGCUGAAGAUGUACCGCAGUCUAUUACCGAAAUGGACGAUGUGAUGGAAAAUAAACCAGAUGCUGUUAACAUUUGGAUAGGUGGUCCAGAAAGUGUUACUAGUUUGCAUAGUGAUCCAUAUGAAAACAUAUAUGUUGUCGUUAAAGGACGUAAAACUUUUAAUUUAUACCCACCAACUGAGAGAUAUUGCUUGAAUUUCCAGAAGUAUCCCCAUGGCCACUACAUUUGCGAUAAUAAUGGUGAAUUCACAGUAAAGCCCUCUGGAGAGACUAUUUCUUGGACACCCAUUGAUCCGAAUAAGAGUGCAGAGGAAAAUUCAAAACAUUCACCUACAUACUCCAAAUCACGUUGUCUUACAGUUACUGUAGACGAGGGUGAUGCUUUAUACCUCCCGAGUGGAUGGUUCCAUCAUGUUUCACAAAAAGGUUCACCCUGUAUAGCAGUAAAUUAUUGGUAUGAUCAGGACUACUCUGGAGAGAAAUUCGUUAUGCGACAGUUUUAUAAUAGGAUCUUAGAAAUGUUGUACAACAAAUGAUAACAAUACACUAAUACUAAUCUAUUUCCCACUUGCGAUGAUUUGCGAAUUUAUCCCAUUUUAUUGCGCAAGAGUGUGGAUGAUAGUCUGAAGUUUCCAAAGGGUUGCAUUCACAUCUAUCAUAAUUUUUGAAUCCUAAUGGGCAAUGGUUGUAGGGUAUAUGAUAAUAACCGAUUGGGUCCAUUCUGAGUAUCUCGUCCCUGUUGAGCAACAAGGCUGCUGCCAUUGUAUGCACAGGUGCAUCACCC